AUGCACGCCGAGAAUCGAAGGACACGGUGGCAGCAGGAGCGGGGCCACGUCGGAGGAGGUCAAGCUUUGGUGGCGGGGUCGGAGAAUCUGGUCGACCUGCUCGGAAUGAGCGUAAGGAGGCAGUGCGUGGAAACUGACUCGCAGUGAAGCGGGACUACGUAGGACGAAGGGUGGCUUCAAAGGUCGCCAAUCCAGGAGCAUACCACACCAGAAACAGCGGUUACUGCAUGCCAGUGAUUAACGUCUGUGACCAGCUUGUGAAUACCAUCUUUUGGUGGCAAUACGUGUUGUUAUUGUUGCUGUUGUUGUUGUUGUUGUUGUUGUUGUUUUCUUCACACAAAACUCGUGUCAGUUGCCAAUCCCAAAAUCUAGCAAAGACUUGGUCCGUGGUCACAAAAAUGCCAGAGCCAUCAGAAGAUCUAAAGAACACACACACUCUUAGCAAGAAAAGGGUAGACAAGCCCGAGGAGGUACACCUACAAUCCCUGCAGCACGUUUGCGUGCUCACAACUGAACUACACGCCCAC